AACAGUCUUUCAUUUAAUGUACCAGGCAUGCAGUCAUUCGUGGAGAUGCUUCUAUCCGGCUUAUCAGCGCCGCUGCCGCGCGUUGUAAGCGCGACGCUUCGAGCCGUAGCGUCUGCUCUGUUCAACUUCUCUGAAGACAUGGGCCUGGAGAUCGUCCAGGGUCUCCUGGAGAAGGUGGCGGAACAGAUGCUGACGAAUAACAGGGAGAUCGUGGCCGCUGCUAUGAGCUUCUUGAAGGUAUACACCAAAGUCCUCCCAACCGACGUGCUAGCAGGCAGCUUGCCCCUCAUCUUCAAGACCCUCUCCUCAAUGUCGGAAGAUUGCAAGCGUCACUCCCGCUUGGAAAUCGGGUACUUCCUCACUCGCAUGAUGAGGAAGUACGGAGCUGAUACUAUUGAGAAGCUGAUCCCGCCGACUGAUGACGUGUUCUUGAGGAGGUUAAGGAAUAUACGGAAGAUGGACAAUAGGAAAAAGAGGAUGAAGGAGAACCAGAGAGACCAAUCAGACAACGACUCAGACAUGGAAAUAAAGGGCACCUCCAAGACCCUCGAGGACAUCCUUAAGGAUUCCGACUCGGAAAUGGAGUUCCUGGACGAGGAUGAGGACCAGGACCGCAGGCCACGGCCCAAAGCCAAGGCCAAGGGCAAGAAGAGCAACCAGGCCUGGAUCCAGGACGACCCGGAGAAUAUUGUGGAUUUGGCUGAUGUGUCUGCGGCUAGAAAGAUCACUGCAACGGAUCCAGCGAUAAAGAAGAAAGAAACCGAACUGAAACAGAAGAAGAAAGAUGGCGGCUUCAAGACGGCUCCGGACGGACGGCUCAUCAUCGCCGAUGACGGCUCCGGCGACGAUGACGAUUACGAGCCGAAGCCGAGCGGGGAUAUUGACACGGACACUGAUGAUACUGACGACGAAGGCCCCUCCAAACCUUCUAAACUGGUCAAACCAGGCAUGAAGAGGCGCUACGACGACAUUCUUAGCAUCAAGAGUGGCAGAAGCAAUAGGAGUCGGGCGUCUACCGUCACCGUGGCUUCAAAAUACAAAGCUGGAGGAAAGGGUAUCCACAGGCCUCUCGGGUCAGCCGCAUCAGUGGCGUCCACAGUGGGCACAGAAUACAAGUCUAAGAAGGCGAAAGGCGACAUCAAGAAGAAAGGCAAGCACGACCCGUACGCGUAUCUACCGCUGUCCAGGAAGAAUUUGAAUAAGAGGAAAAAGGCAGUUACAACGAAACAGUUCAAAGGAAUAGUCAAGGCUAAAACAAAGGCUGGCAACAAAAUAAAGUCUAAGAAGAAAGUGUAGAGCUUACGAGUUGUUUAGUUAAUUAUUAUUCUAGUUUGCUUUUAAUUUUCAAUGAAAUUAAACAUAUUUUCACACUUUAAUAGUCUUCCGAGUGAUUAUUGCUUAAUUUGCUUUGCAAUAUUCAAAAGUUCAACAUAUUUUAAAUUACUUUUCGACCGACAUCGCGACAGUAAAAACAAAAACUUACACAAAGUAAUAGGUAACAUUAUAUUACUUAGGUUCAAUCCUACAUUUUUAGAGACGUUUGUCCUUAGCCCAAUGAGUAUAAGGGCUUAAACAAGCAGUGAUGCUAUAAAUGCUAAUCGAAAUAAUACAAAAUAGUCUGGAGAUUUCUAGAUUAUAUCUGAUUGACUGUGACUUAAAGUUAUAAUAAAUAAAUCUAUCAUAAUUUGUC